AUGACCGUUUCCCACGACGAUGCGGUGGAGCACCAGCUCUCUGUGGAGCAGCUUCUGGGGCCGCACGGGUUUCGGGUGACACUCGUUGGGAAGAUGCGGUGUGGGUACCCUGUCGGCAAGUGGGCAAUGCUUUUGCUGACACGUGACGCUCAGAGUAGUUGUGACGAACUCCUGCCCAGCCGCGGUGAGCUUGUGGUCAAUCGCGAAGUGAUUUUUAUUGGGCGCACCAUGAAGGGCCUGGCGGCCAGCAGCCACGCCAAGGGCGUUGUCAGGCGGAAUGUGUGGAUGUGCGGAGGAGUUUGCCUAUGCUACGUGUGCUUUGCGCGUGCACCUCAAGAGUACGGGCCUGAGCUCGCGCCCCGCAUUAGAGUGGAGGCGCGGGAGUUAACGUUCGUUUGGUCGUCUGCGCACAGCUUUCACGUGCGGCAUCUUUUUCUCACCGGCCCCAAACAGUUCCUGACGCACCUUAUGUACCUCGCACACACGAGCGAGUAUGAGCUGACGCACGACGGGCCGUAUCAGCGCUCGCCGAACGCAGGCAAGCGGGUUGAGCUGUGCAGCGACGAGGACAUCUUCACCAUGCUGCAGCUGCCAUACGUGGACCCGCUGCACCGCCACGCCUAG